UAUUUAUUUGUAACUUGAAUUUUAUUGAUGAUAAAUAAGUUAUAGUGAAAUUAUCACAAUGUUUCGCUCAGUUAUUUUGCAACAAAUACGCAACCAACUUGUCCGGUUAAACAAUGUACGAUACUUCACGCAAGAAGUGAAUGAGACUUCAAAUGUAGAAAAGUGUCUAAAUCAUGUAACAUUACUUGGAAGGGUUGGAGGAGAUCCUCAGAAACGUGGUUCUGAGGAUCAUCCAGUUGUAUUAUUUACCCUUGCAACACAUACAAAUCACAAAUACAGUUCAGGUGAAUUUAUUCAGAAAACAGACUGGCACAAGAUAUGUGUUUUUAAGCCUAAAUUAAGGGAUUGUGUAUAUAACUAUUUAAAGAAAGGUCAACGAAUACUGGUAAAUGGUAGGAUAAGCUAUAAUGAAUUUAAAGAUGCAGAAGAAAGAAACAUUCUUACUACAACUAUCAUAGCAGACAAUAUAAUAUUUUUCCAAUAA